CGUGUUUGCGAAUCGAAAUUUGUUGUAGUAUACAUUGGAUGGCGAGAGAAAGGGUUUAACGUUUAAACCACAUGAGGCGAAUUUAAGUAUCAAAAGUGAUAUAUGGUAUAUGUAAAUAUUGAUAAAUUCCAUGAUGGUGAUCAAGAAGUGAAACCAAACGCGGGAUUAAAACCAUGUAACAUUGUAAGACACAUAGUUAUGGAGGAAAACUCGCGUUGUUGGUUCAUGAAGUGGACUGUUAUGUCCUAAUGGUCUUCGGAAAGACAUCAGGUUUUUAAAGUGAGAACACUUAAAAAGCUCCGAAGCAACGAAAGAAGAAGACUGGAUGAUCCUAUCAACUGUUUGAAAAGAAAAGCCGCAUCAGAACGACCACGUGACAAUGGCUAAACCACAAAUUAAAAUGACUCACGUGAAAGUUGCAAUUUCGCAGUGUUACAACAUUGUAUAAACUCUGCCAAUCGCAUUGAACAAGAGCUGUAGCUACGAGUAAGACAUGUUUUUACCACAGCUAGCUCGCGGAAUUUAUUACUGUAAAGACGAAGCAGUGUUUUUGUUCUGAUAUGCAUUUUUUUGAACGCUUGCAAUUUAUUUUGCCCGAUGUUGGAAAAUUGUUAUUUUAAAACGUUUGUGUAUUGGUUCAGUAUCUCGACAUUUCAAAGAAAUCGUGUUUAGCAAUUUAGCUGAACAAUUUGGAAACAAUGCAAGCCGACUGGAAACACACAAAAACUAUAUAAGUCGCUUGUUCUACAUUUGUUUAAUGAUAUCGGUGAAGUAAAAAGUGCGAUGUCAUCAAUUUACGACGUCUCAAGCAUUGCUGAAAUUUUCAUUUCUAUGAACCACCGAAGAGUGGAAAACUGUGUUUAUCGAUUAGCAAUAGCAGUAAGAAACUAGAGUGUUGGCAUAAACAACAGUCGGACGGUUUUCGAAUAUCAUGAGCGUUGUACAUUUUGGAAACGGUUGAUAAAAGCAUAUUUUGGAGCUCCAAUGCUGCAUAUACACAAUUUAGAAUAACCGUGACACGACCGUGAUAUUUACUUAUUUUGAUGUGAUUGUCAUUCACCUUGUACAGGGUGAGCUAAAUUAUGUAGAAAUAAUACUUGUGUACAGAAACUAUUUUUGCGAUGGAUAUUACUGUUGUUAAAUCUGACUGCAAAUUUGUACGGUCUUACAAUACAAUCGAAUUGAACAAGAAAAUCAGUGUUGAUUUAUUUGAAUUCCUGUAAUGGUAAUAUUAUUGUCUCGGAAAUAGAAACAUAAGUAGAUAACAUCCGAGGCGGUAAUAGCUGGUGCGAGAUGAAUCAGUGUACGGUGGGAAUGAUUAUCUCCCCUAGAAAUAUCGGUAUUCGCUCUAUGCGGGGUUUCACAGUAAGUGAAUCUAAUUUAUCGGAUUUCUCAUGAAACGAGAUUUACCACGAAAUGCUCGAAUAAUUGCCGUCUGAGAAGUAUCCCACUGGAAUAUAUUUCAUAGCAGAGUUAUGGAGAGACGGGAGACUAAAAGCAAAUCAGAGAGGCGUGACAUUCAUUCCUUAUGUAUGCCGGUUCCAACCAUUGUGCUGAACACAACGGCAGUCGACAAACCAAAUAACGUGACGCUCACGCAUUCUCGUUCAGCGGGAGAUCUCGACGUCAUUUUAAAUGAUGCAGACGAUAUUCAAUCCGGCGCAUGCGCGGAAGGCAUUUCCAAUAUUUCCGGGUCAACAUCGGAAGUAUUUUGCGAGAAAGACUUGCACAAUAUUGAACAUUACUGUUCACCGAGGCUCCCAAGAAGGUCCUCUGGCUUAGAUGACAAUCCACAUCAAAGAAAUUCCGCAGCGUUUGUGGACGCUUUGAAUCUGGGUGGCUUCAGUUUCCUUGACACCGGAUGCCGUGUUGGGAGCUCGGUGUCAUUGAACAGCGAGUACACUGCCAGGAGUGUCGGGCUCAUUUCUAACGACUCAAACUCAGAAUCCUCGCAGCAGGCCUACCCGUCUGGGGUUAUGGACAGCUCGUUUCAGAAACACAGUAUGCUAAAAAGGUAUUAUUCAAGUCCCGAAAAGGACGACGAAUUAUUACAUUAUCAAUCAAACGUGCGGAGAAACUCGAAGUCCAUGGGAAAUAUGCAGGAGGAAGACAAACAAAACUUUGUGUCUUUUGAUUUCGGAAAUGAUUCGAUGGAUAGUGUCAGUUUGUCGGAGAAUGUGCAGAAUAAUACGGAGUAUUGUGACAUAGAUAAUUCGUUGGCUGUGCGCACCGGUUGUAGCAGACAAGGCGCAGAAGACACGUCGGAAUCAGAUAUAUCUGAACAUGAACAGCGGCACUUCGUAACCUCCGUCACCGGAAGUGUUGCCAUGCGUGACGGAAGAAUCCGGAAGUGGUUGACUGAGAUUACUGAUCCAGACGAUAAUGCGAACUCUUAGGCAUGUGAUAUUGAGAGAAUGAGACGACAGAUCGAGUUUUUUAAUGGGAAAAGUUUGAUCAUGCAAUGGUCUUUGACAGUAUUUUUGUAACAUUGUUCACUUUGUUUUUACGAUGUUUUGUGUAAUAGUGAAAUAACUAUUUUUGAAUAUUGACGUUCAUUUUUUUAUAAGAAUUCUUUAAUACUUAAUAAUAUAAACAAAAUUGAAUGAGAGUACUUAUUGAGAAAUAUAAAUACAUGUAUUUGUCUUUUUGUGCCUCGAUUCGUUGUUUUCCAGUGUAUAUUUGUAUUUAAGAUUGAUUUGAAGAGUAUCAACUUAGUUAUUCAUUGUAAAUAAGGUAGUAAAUUAAUUUUUAAACGGACAACAUGCAAGUGCAAGACUGUAAAUACAUAUGGGUCGCGAUAUAUGAAAAGGGGGUUUAAUUGCAUAUGCGUACAGUGUCGUCCCAGGUUAGCCUGUGUAAUACGAACAAGAUAAUCAGAGCUGAGUGUUCCGCUUGUAGUGUAUGUUUCAUUUCAAAGGAACACUGUUUUUAAGUAAACCCCAGUUUAAGAGGAGAAUGUCGUCCCUGAUAAGCUUCUGGGGACUAUACCGGCUAAUCUGGGACGACACUUGCCGCACAUGCAUGAAACCCCUUUCCUCAGAGCGCGGUCCAUAAGUUCAGUGUGGACCAGAACCAUACUUUUUGUUCUGAUUUUUAAUUGCAAAUAAAUGGAUCAAUUUGAAA